AUGGCCUUGUGGCAUUCCGCCAAGAUUGCUGCGGAGCGCAUCCCGGUCCGUGCACGCGGCGUGCAAACAGGCAUGCCACGCACGCUGAAUCACAUCCUGUAUGAAAUGCGGCACGCUGCGGAAAAAAACCAAGCGCUCGAUGCACCCGUCCAAGUACACGGGUGGAUCGCUUCGAUGCGCAAGCAAAAAACGCGCAACUUUAUGGAAUUAUCCGAUGGGACACUGGGAGGAAGCAUGACGCUGCAGGCCAUGCUUGUCGGUGAUGCAGAGGGCCUCGCUCCUGGCGUCGCUGUACGCCUGCACGGCCGUAUGCGGCCCGGCCGCGGCACAAAAAAAGACCAAUCGAUCGAGAUGCAUGUGGAUACAUACACUGUGCUUGCACCCAACGACCUUGCGACCUACCCGCUUGCACAUCUUAUGAACCGCAGCGACCGUGGAGACCCUGCGCACUUUGCAGCAGCCGAGAUAGUGCGCCGCGAAUCUCACUGGAAGCCACGCACCGCACGUUAUGGCGCCGUUUCUCGCACGCGCUCGCGAAUGGAAAGUGCGAUGGGCGCGUGGUUUGAAGAGAAUGACUAUGUAAAAGUGCACCCGCCUGUUAUCACCAGCUCGGACUGCGAGGGCGGCGGCGAGAUUUUUCGCGUCGUGGCCGAAGCUGACGCCGGCAAGCAAGCAACGCCGCACGAUCUCAGUGCUUUUUGGUCGCAUCACAGCGCUUUUCUCAGCGUUUCGACGCAGCUGCACCUCGAGGCAUUUGCACUUGGUCUUUCGCGGGUAUGGGCGCUCACGCCCGUCUUUCGCGCCGAGGGAUCCUCGACAAAUAGACACCUUGCCGAAUUCUGGAUGUGCGAGGCAGAGCUCUGCUGGAUUCCCCAAGGGACCGACGGUCUUAGCGCAGUGAUGGACUGCGUCGAAGGCGUGAUUAAGGCUGCGGUGUACAGUGCGGUCGGUCGCGAUAGCUCGAUUCCACGCCAUCGGCAGCGCGCGGAAGAAGAUAUGCAGCUACUACUCGAUGCGCCGCACCCCGAGCAAGUCCUUGCGGGGCAGGCCGCGCUGGACACUGCAUGGCCGCGCAUUACCUACACAGACGCCGUGCGGAUCCUUGGCAUGCACCACCACACGGUCGAUUCUUCAGAUCGGUUCGAAAUCGAGCCUGUCUGGGGCGACGCGCUGCGUUCCGAACACGAGCGCUGGCUCGCGGACCGUGCAGGCACUCCUGUGUUUGUCACCGACUAUCCCGCAAAAGGCAAGCCAUUUUACAUGCGCGAGAAUGCGCAGCGUGUGCGUCUCACAGAUGGGCUUGCGCCAGGCCACGAGCAUGAAGAGCGCGAAACGGUGGCUUGCUUCGACCUACUUGUCCCGCAUGUCGGCGAGAUUGCCGGCGGGAGUCUGCGUGAGGAGCGCGAAGAGGUGCUGGCGCAGCGGAUGCGUGCACAAAAUGUGGCACAGAACGAUACGCGGCUUUCGUGGUACAAAGAAGAUCUACGUCGCUACGGCGGUGCGCCGCAUGGUGGUUUUGGGCUUGGCGUGGAGCGAUUGCUCAGCUGGAUCACGCACACGGAGAAUGUGCGCGAUAUCGUGGCAUUUCCACGAGUCAAAGGGCCGCUGCGCUACUAA